CCAGCUGGUCCACAUCACAUCCGGCGGUGAACAGGAAGCGGACCCAGCUGAGAGAUUUGCUGUUACAAACACCUCCUGGUUCUGAGCAGAAUAAAGAAUAAACGUGGAAACUACAAACCAAGCUUUUUUUGAAGCAUUUAAAAUCUAUAUAUAUAUAUAUAUUUUUUUUUUUUCUUAUUUUUCUAAACCCUCCUCCCCUCUCCCGGUAGACACAGAGAGGUAAAGCAGUGAGUCCAGGACUGAGGCUCAGAGAGUGGGGUAGCUAUGGCAGGAAAGACUGGGGAUCUGUUUAGCCCUGGAGCUGAGGAUCAGGCUGGGGGAGGCCUUGCUGGGAAGCUCUACCUCCCCAAGAUGAUUUCGGGAGGGGCUGCGAAAGAGUGGUUUGACCGCCGGCGCUCCACUAUAAGACCCUGGGCUGUCUUCGUGGAUCAGCGGCGUUUCUCCAAGCCCAGGAACCUGGGGGAGCUGUGCAAGAGGCUGGUGAAAAACAUCGAGCACUUCCAGAGCAACUACACCUUCAUACUCUUGGGACUCAUCCUGUACUGCAUUAUCAGCUCCCCCAUGCUUCUUAUCGCUCUGGCUGUUUUUUUGGGCGCUUUCUACAUCAUCCACCUGAAAACACAGGAGAGCAAACUGGUGCUGCUGGGGCGUGAGAUGACGCCGGCGCACCAGUACGGUCUGGCCAGCGGAGUCUCCUUCCCCUUCUUCUGGCUGGCGGGGGCUGGCUCUGCCGUGUUCUGGGUGCUGGGCGCUACGAUGGUUGUGAUUGGCUCACACGCUGGCUUCCGCGAGAUCGAGGGCAGCGACGCAGACGACCUCAUCAUGGAGCCAGUCUGACCCCCCCCCCCCCCCCCCCGACCCUUGACCUUCUGAUCUCUCCUUCCUCUCAUCUC